AUGAGGACAUUUAAGUAUGCAAAACGGUUGGUGUAUCUGUCCAUUGCUGGGAUUGGUGGCGUCUACACAGCUGCUGUACUAUAUCCUUCAUUAGCUUCACGGUAUAAGAAUAGCUCUGUAACAAGAUGCAGUCCAGAAGAAAUUCAGAAAAUGAAUGCACCGCUGCCGUCACGAGAGGAGUUGAUCAAAGGAAUCCAGUCUGAGGAACUGGAUGUUCUGGUUAUUGGGGGUGGAGCUACUGGGUUGGGUGUGGCUUUGGAUGCUGUAACAAGAGGAUUAAAGACAGGGUUAGUGGAGAAAUUCGACUUCUCUUCGGGAACCAGCAGUCGCAGCACCAAACUAAUCCAUGGAGGUGUGAGAUAUUUACAGAAGGCGGUCUUUAAUUUAGAUAUUGAACAAUACAAAAUGGUGAAGGAAGCCCUUGCUGAGCGUGCCAACCUAAUCAAUAUAGCACCACAUUUAGCCUACCCACUACCUAUCAUGCUGCCAGUCUAUCAGUGGUGGCAGGUGCCCUACUUUUGGGCAGGGAUCAAGAUGUAUGACUUUGUGGCCGGAAGAGAGGUACUCAAGCCUAGCUAUCUGCUCAGCAAGAGUAGAGCCCUUGAAUUCUUCCCGAUGUUACAGAAGGACAAGCUGAAAGCUGCCCUGGUCUAUUAUGAUGGCCAGCAUGAUGAUGCCAGAAUGGCUGUCUCUUUAGCCAUAACAGCAGUCAGGCAUGGUGCCUUGUGUCUAAACUAUACCAGGGUGGAGAGUCUCAUUAAGACAUGCAUCGAUGGAAAGGACCAAAUAUGUGGAGCCAAAGUCAUAAACACGUUAACUGGUGAAGAAUACACCAUCAGAGCAAAAUGUGUUAUCAAUGCCACCGGGCCAUACACGGAUUCCAUCCGAACCAUGGGGGAUGAGAAGGUGAAGAAAAUCUGCCAGCCGGCGGCUGGUGUCCAUAUAGUCCUACCUGACUACUACAGCCCGGCAAACAUGGGGCUCCUGGACCCCUCGACUUCUGACGGAAGGGUGAUCUUCUUUCUUCCCUGGCAGAAUGUCACAAUUGCAGGCACCACAGAUACACCGUGUGAAGUGACCGACAACCCCCAGCCGACUGAAACAGAGAUCCAGUUUAUCUUAAAUGAGAUUAGAAACUAUCUCAGCUCAGAUGUUGAAGUACGCCGCGGUGAUGUGCUCUCUGCCUGGGCUGGUAUUCGGCCUCUGGUCUCAGAUCCCAACAAAUCGGAUACUCAAUCCAUCGCCAGAAACCAUAUCAUUGAAGUGGCCAAAAAUAAACUCAUAACCAUUGCAGGAGGCAAGUGGACAACCUACCGAUCCAUGGCUGAGGAGACAGUGGACAAAGCAGUCAAAACCUGCAGUCUGCACCCAAGUGGCCCAUGCCGCACAAAGGGUCUGAUGCUGGACGGUGCUCAUGGCUGGUCUCCUACCUUGUUCAUCAGGCUGGUCCAGGAUUACGGCCUGGAAAAUGCUGUAGCCUACCAUUUGGCUCAGACUUACGGGGAUAAAGCCUUCAAGGUGGCCAAGCUGUGCAGCCUCACUGGUAAGCGCUGGCCGGUAGUGGGCAAGAGGCUGCAUGAGGAGUACCCUUAUGUUGAGGCUGAGGUGAAAUAUGCCAUGAGAGAGUACGCCUGUCGGGCCAUCGAUGUGAUUGCUCGCCGAACCCGUCUCUCCUUCAUCAAUGUGCAUGCCGCCCAGGAAGCGCUGCCCAGGGUCGUAGACAUGAUGGCUGCAGAGCUGGGCUGGAGUGAGGAGAGGAAACAGGCGGAACUUGCUCAUGCAGAGCACUAUCUCAGGACAGAGAUGGGGCUGGAUGUCAGAAGUGUGACAGAGACGAAUGCUCAGUUGAAGUUAACCAAGGAUGAAAUCAGUCACUAUGUGCGCAGGUUCAAGUCCUUGGAUGUGGAUAACAAGGGGUAUAUUUCUGUGAAUGAUCUGCGGAGAUAUUUUAAAAAUAAUGGCGAGAGAAUCUCCGAGGACCAGUUGCAUGAGAUUUUGAGUGAAGUGGAUCUGAAUAGAAAUGCUCAGGUUGACAUUGGAGAAUUUCUUCAGUUGAUGAGUGCCGUUAACCACGGGGUGAUUGUACAUUCACGGUUUGCUAAAGCUCUGGAGGACAAUGAAGAGAAACUGAACAAGAUUACAGUGGAGCGGAGUGGCGGAGGUGUGUAG